AUAUUUGAUGCUAGAACUCCCKUGAUAGCCCUCUUAUCAAUGUUUUUAGCCUAGUUUAAAAUAUGAUCUUUGAACUCCAACAACCUCUUUUAUCAAAUAUUCUGUAGAGGUAAAGGUUAAAGAGCGUGRAGCUAUAAAUGAGGACCUACUUGUUGUUGCUUUCAUAUAUUGCUUGGAAAAGCUAGGAAAGAGCAGUUCUGUUUUUUCCUUCUUUCCUUUCUUGUCAAUAGCUUCAUGAGAGUUAUGUGGAGGUACCAGAUAAAUGCUGGCCUUGUUCUUCUUCUGUCUUUCUGGAGUCUGGCAGAAGCCGGGAAGCUCUUGGUUGUGCCUCAGGAUGGAAGUCACUGGCUGAGCAUGCGUGUGGUUGUGGAGAAACUCUGGGAAAGGGGACAUGAUAUCGUUGCUGUAAUUCCAGAAGCCUCUUUGCUUAUGAAAGGCUCAGAAAAUUUCACCAUCAAAACAUACUCGGUCCCUUACACGCAGGAAACUCUGGAUAGACAUUACCAUUCCAUUGGUAAAGAUUGCUUUCUUGAUCCUCCCCUUCUAGAAAAAAUCACAAUUAUACUCCAAAAUAUAUCGGAAGUAACCACCAUGUUCUCCGAUACCUGUCGGCAUCUUUUUCRUGAUGAAGAGCUAAUGAAAUACCUCCGGGAGAGCAACUUCGAUGCCAUUUUCAUGGAUCCUGUGUUGCCCUGCGGACCAAUCGUUGCYGAUUUUCUCUCUCUCCCUUCAGUCUACUUCCUGCGUGGUCUUCCCUGUGGCUUAGACUACAGCGCAGCCCAGUGUCCCAAUCCUUCUUCUUACGUGCCGAGAAUUUUCUCAUACAGCUCAGACCAUAUGACGUUUACAGAGCGUGUGAAGAACUUCCUGCUUGGUUUUCUAGAGCAUAUAMUUUGCUAUCUGUUCUAUUACAAAUAUGAGAACUUAGCAUCUGAACUUCUUCAGAGAGACRUAACACUACUGGAGCUGUUUAGCACAGCAUCCAUCUGGCUCAUGAGAUAUGACUUCAUUUUUGAGUAUCCACGUCCAAUAAUGCCAAAUAUGUUCUAUGUUGGAGGCAUCAACUGUAUGCAGAAGCAGCAGYUAUCAAAGGAAUUCGAAGCCAUCGUGAAUGCCUCUGGAGAACAUGGCAUUGUGGUCUUCUCUCUGGGCUCCAUGGUCUCCGAGAUCCCAAUGAAGAAAGCCAUAGAAAUUACAAAAGCCUUGGGAACAGUCCCUCAGACGGUUCUCUGGCGUUACACAGGAGAGGUGCCCCCCAACCUGCCCAAGAAYGUAAAGUUAGUCAAAUGGCUGCCACAGAAUGAUCUUCUAGCUCACCCCAAGACUCGGGCCUUCAUCACCCACGGAGGAUCACACGGCAUUUACGAGGGCAUAUGCAAUGCAGUGCCAAUGGUACUGAUGCCUUUAUUUGGAGACCAGAUGGACAACGCCAAGAGAAUUGAGACACGGGGAGCAGGAGUGACACUGAAUAUACUUGAAAUGACUUCAAAGGACAUAUCCGAUGCCCUGCAUGCAGUUAUUAAUGACAAAAAGUACAAAGAGAACAUCAAGCGUCUCUCAGACCUUCACCUCGACAGACCCAUCCACCCUCUGGAUCUGGCCGUGUACUGGGUGGAGUUUGUGAUGAGGCACAAAGGGGCACCGCACUUGAGACCUGCAGCUCAUGAGCUCAACUGGAUCCAGUAUCAUUCCCUGGAUGUCAUUGCCUUCCUCCUGGCCGUAGUGCUUCUCUCCUUAUUCAUUUCUCUCAAGUGCUGCCUCUUCUGCUGCCGAAGGUGCUUCCGUAAGAAAGGAAAGACCAGCAGCAGAUCAACUAAAUCCAAAACUCACUAGCAGAUGAAACUAGUGGUAGAAGAUAAGGCCUCUGCUCCGAUAUGCAAGGACCACAGAACACCUCAAAUCUCACCAACCUAAUUGCUGGGUUUCAGUCAAGAAAUUAUAGCAUUUCCAUUAAAGCAGUGCCAUGGGGGAGGUUAUUUCACUUUUUAUAAUCUUUAUCUUUAAUUAAGAUUCUGUUGUUAAAAGUAAUUUGUGUAGCAAUACUUCAGUCACUUGGGAAGGUAUCUGUGUGAACCGGGACUCCCAACUUCCACUUCUUGGUGUCCUGAGGACUCAAGAUAUCAUUUUUCUUUUUUUUUAAUACCUCCUAUGUGCAGGGGAGAUAAACAGGGAUUUUGUAAGACUUUGCUCUAGUGGUUUUAGUAGAAACAUUUGCUCUAGCACAAGAGUGUCAGGUUUACCAAGCACUUUCCAAACUUUGCAGAGCAGCUGCUAUAGAAGAGACAAAUGUUAUUAACUGACAGUAUGUGUCACAUAAGACAAGCUAGAUGCACAGCUUAAUUUUUUGYGCAUGUUUACAAUACCCUGAACUCAGUCUGAAGUUUUCAGUGCAGAAGUUGUUGUAAAGCUCCUGCUGUUUCACUCAGGUUCCCCCUGAGGCAGAGGCCUGUAUCUGGAGCCAGCCUGUUGUUAGGUGAUGGCAAUCUUUGUAAGCAAUGUUUUAAAAUCCUACUGAUUUACUCUUUGUACACUACGUUCUGUUAAAGAACC